AUGAGUAGGAGUAUUAGACCACCUAACCCUGCUUCUUAUUUGAAUAAUGUGAAUGUGUAUAUAUCUGAUGCUGAUAUUGUGUUUCUUACUUCCAUGCCUACUGCUGAUGAAAUUAACCAUGUGAUUUUUGACAUGAAACCAUGGACUAUACCAGGUCAUGAUGGUUUCCCACCUGGUUUCUACCAGAUGAUGUGGGAUACUGUCGGAACUAAUGUGGUUAAAAUGGUUCAAUCCCUUUUCCAUUCUCAUCAUAUGUUAAAACAGAUUAAUCAUAAUUUUACGGCCCUCAUUCCAAAGCAUAACUGCCCAAAAGGGGUUGUUGAUUUCAAGCAUAUUAGUUUAUGCAAUGUAAAAUACAAGAUUAUUUUAAAAUUGUUAGCUUCUAGGCUUAAAACAAUCUUGCAUAAAAUAAUUAGUCCAGAUCAAUCUGCUUUUCUAGCUGGUAGACAAAUACAAGACAAUAUAGUGAUAGCUCAUAAAGUUUUGCACUCUAUGAAGAAAACUAAAGCUAAUGAUGGGGGUAUAACAGUAAAAGUAGAUAUAUCUAAGGCCUUUGAUAGGGUAGAGUGGACUUUCUUUGUAAAAAAGUUACAAAAUCUAGGCUUCUCUGAGUCUUGGUGUAAAAUGAUAGAGCAAUGCAUAUCAACUGUUUCAACAUCCAUUUUACUGAAUGGGUCACCAGGUGAGGUUUAUUUUCCGCAAAGAGGGUUGAGACAGGGUGAUCCCUUGUCUCCUUAUAUGUUUAUUCUCAUUAUGGAAUGUUUCUAUAGAUCUCUUAAUCAAUCUGAAGAAGAGGGUCUUAUACAUGGUUUUAAACCCACUAAAGCUUCUCCUUCUAUAUCUCAUUUAUUUUUCCCUGAUGAUUCUAUUGCUUUUAGUUCUGAAGUGCCAAAUAAUGUUAAAAAUGAUAUUGUUAAUGUCUUGCAAAUAAGAAGAAUGGAUUUGCAGGAAAGACGUAGACUUGCACCUUGGAAACCUAAGUACAUUGCGCAACCAGGUAAGACUGUUCUAAACCAAUCUGUCCUAGGUAGUACGCAAAAUGGGAAAGGUGGAUACAUGAAAGGUUGGUCUGAUAUGGCUUUGCCUAAAGAGUUAGGGGGUCUGAAUAUUAGGAGGACUGACAUUAUGAACAUAUAUCUCCUUGCAAAGAUUGCUUGGAGAAUGCUUGAGAAUCCUGACGCUCCUUGGGUCAAAAUUCUAAGAGGAAAUGAGGACUCUGUUCACAUAUGGAAACAUAAUUGGAUACCAGACCAUCUAGGUCCUCCCACUUCUCAAUUUAUAUCUUCUAAUAUGACUUAUGUUAAGCAGUUAAUAGAUCAAAAUAAUAAUACCUGGAAUGUUGAUGUGUUGAAUGCCUUAUUCGAUCAAAGUAUUAUUUCUGACAUAAGAAAAAAUAAAGUUCCUAUGUAUGGUGCUGAUAAAAUGAGAAGGGUUGACAGUCGUUCCAUUGAGGUUAAUUCUGAAUUAAGUGAUUGGAUGGCAUCAAGUGUUGCAGUUUCUGAUUCAAUCAAUACUAAAGCUAGGGAGAAUGCAAUGGAAUGCGAGGAAAACCAGCCAAAGCUUUAUAUCCAGAAUAAGCAGAGGCGAUGGCACUUUUGGAAGCUGCGUUAUGGGCCAAAGAAAUGA